GUCAGGCCCAGAGCUGGUCCGUCCGUCGUCCGGCCGACUCGAGGCACCAGAGCCGCGGAUUUUGCGCGAGAUAUAGAAGCAUAAACACACAUACACGGUUCUCGCACACGUACGUAAGCACGCAGCCAGCCAGUCAUCGAGGACCUCGCACGCACGCACGCGGUGUCCCGCGUGGACAGCAGACGAACAGAUAGAGCGAGCGAGAGAGAUAGAGAGAGAGAGAAAGAGUCUGAGAGUCGUUCAACAGCACACGUGCUCACACUAUCGGUGGGUGCGUGGGUGUGUGUGCAUUUGUGCAUCGCUCGGUGGUCCGAAGUAAGAAAAAAAAAGGAAAAAGAAAAAAAAACGGAAAAAAAAGUUCAGUGUGUGAGACGAAGAAUACAGUGUGGAACAGAAAACGAGCCGUGUAGGGGCCACGUGCCGUUUGGAGAAACUCGAAAGAAGUGCGCGGGAUGGAUCGAGUGUGUUACUACUGGCCGAGUUGAGCCGCGUUUCUUUUCCGCAUGCGAUCGUUCAGGAAGUGGAUUAACGGGCGCGGGGAGGUGCGGCUCCCUGACAAGUGUCGAUGGUGAAGUACAUCAGUGAAUCGGUUAACCAGCGAGCGGAGUUACCGAGCGCGGAACCGAUCCGGUCCACGCCGAUGCGCGGCCCGAUGACGUGUCCGCCCGUUUGAGCCAGUAUUUCGCCCGCGGGAACCGCAGCCGAUCCGGAAGAUCGCCGUAAGCACAGGGAAUCAACAGGCAAUAAGGCAUGUCACGGAGAAAGCAAGCCCGACCAAGCCGUGCCCACCUCGAGGAGGAUCUUGUCCAGCAGCCACCUCUGCUGCUCAAUGCCGUGGGAAACUUGAACGAGACCCGAGAGGAAAAUGACUUUACGUCGGAUGGUGAAGAAAGUGCUGGCGGAGGGGGUGGAGGAGACGAAGCCGUGGAUCUCACGGCAUCCAGGUCACAUCAGGGUGACGAGGACGACAAGGAUCAAGAUGAUGCUCUGGAGGAGGAUGAAGAGGAAGGUGUUGACGAGCAGGACGAGCAGGAAGACGACGAGGAAGGGUCACGGAAGCAGAUGCGUCACAGACAGGAUGCGGAGAACAACAACAACUUCGUGGAGGGUGGUACACCCGCUAGUCUGUUCCCACCUGCUGGAACUAGUCACGUCACCCUGGAAGCACUGCAGAACACGAAGGUGGCGGUCGCUCAGUUCGCAGCGACGGCUUUGGCCGGUGGCGCGGACAGCGAGGCGGCUCUGCAAGAUCUGGCACUGUUGCAGAGCACCCUGUACACUCUUCAGCAUCAGCAGGUGUUCCAAUUGCAGUUGAUCAGUCAGCUACAGCAACAACUGUCCAUCACCCAUAGUCAGUCGGCGCAGCCGCAAGGUACGCCCGAACCAUCGGACAGUAAGGAAAUAUCUCCGUCUCCCUUGAUCCAGCCUAAACCUCUGUCGAGUCUGACGUCACCUCCUUCGUCGCGUCCGCCGAGUCACCAAGAAACCUCGCCAGCUCCGAUGACGCCGAAUCUCGGUCAGGAACGGCCAACGCCGACCAACAGUGCUUCUCCGUUAAGUAUACCGUUGGCUUCGUCGAACGCGACGGGCACAACCGUCGCCGUCGCCGCCGCCGCCGCCACCAGCAGUAGUAGUCAAGUGCCAAUUGCCCAUCAAAUGCCGCCGCUCUGCUCCAUCAGCUCUUCCCUAGCCUCGUCAAUAAUAACUAACACCGAUCCACCUCCGCUACACGAACCAAACACGCUGGAGAUGCUGCAGAAGAGAGCGCAAGAAGUACUGGACAACGCCAGCCAGGGUCUGCUGGCUAACAACCUGGCCGACGAACUUGCGUUCAGAGGGGGCAAAGGCUCCCGUCUCUCUCCGUACGAUUCAAAGUCCGGUAGCGGUCGCGGGGAGCCGUUCUUCAAGCACCGAUGCCGUUAUUGCGGCAAGGUGUUCGGCAGCGACUCGGCGCUUCAGAUCCACAUACGAUCGCACACAGGUGAGCGACCCUUUAAAUGCAACGUCUGCGGCAGCCGCUUCACCACGAAAGGGAACCUGAAGGUCCACUUCCAGAGGCAUACGGCCAAGUUUCCACAUGUUAAGAUGAACCCGAAUCCCGUUCCGGAACACCUGGACAAGUACCACCCACCCUUGCUACAGCAAAUCGCGUCUGGUCAAAGACCGAUGCCGUCCCCGCCGCCACCACCACCUUCUCACCAUCCCUCUUUUCACCCGGCGGCGGCGCACGGUUUUUUACCUCCUCAGCCGCCCCUGCCACUCAGUUUAGCCCUGCCCGGUAUGCAACCUCUGUACAGAUCACCAGUUGUCGCUCAUCGGGACGAUCAGGACGUGCCGGAGAACCUGAGUAAGCCUGUUACCACUGCCCCGACCACGUCCCCACAUUCCCCCGCGGUUGUGUCGAACUCUCGUCAUUCCUUUCACGACAAUCACCACCACCACCACCACCACCAACAACAACAACAACAUCAAAAGCAGCAGCUCGAACAGAGGGACGAGAUCAAGCUUGAGCAACGAUCACCUAUGCAGGAGCAGUACCAACAGCAUCCACAGCAUCAACAACGUCCCACCAGUCAAGAAGCCACCACCGGGAGGAUAACACCGAAGAAGGAACCGGAAGAGGCGGAGGAGCCGACGGAAGAAGAAAGCGAAGAUUUCGAGGAAACGACCAGACGGUAUUUAAAUUCACCCCAAUCGUCGGUUAAUCCACCCUCUCAGCCGCAGACCUACGAAGACUGUAGUAUGGACAGCAAAAUCAGUGGCCGAUUGGAAGGGGACGGCGACAUGGAAGUUGACGAGGAGAUCGAGGAACAACCUGAAAAUUUGUCCGGUCGUGGGACGAUUAAUCGGUUGCCUCAGCAUAUCGUUGCGUACCCUGGUGCUUCUCCUGCCAGCAGUAGCGCGAGCAGUGGAAGUCUUCAAACCUCCUUCGCGGGAAUUCUGUUUCCAGGACCACCUGCCCAUCAUCAAAUACCACAUCAUCCUGCCUCGACAACUGUAAACGCGUCCGCAGUCUCGGCCAGCGACAUGAUCGACCCGGCCAAGGAUCCAGCCAUCUACUCCAGCCUCUUACCACGGCCGGGCAGCAACGACAACUCUUGGGAGAGUUUGAUCGAGAUCACCAAGACCUCGGAGACGUCGAAGCUGCAGCAGUUGGUCGACAAUAUCGAGCACAAACUGACCGACCCGAACCAGUGCGUGAUCUGCCAUAGGGUGCUCUCCUGCAAAAGUGCAUUACAGAUGCACUAUAGGACCCACACCGGUGAACGUCCGUUCAAGUGCAAGAUUUGCGGUCGAGCAUUUACCACUAAGGGCAACUUGAAAACUCAUAUGGGCGUGCACAGGGCGAAACCACCGCUCAGGGUACUGCAUCAAUGUCCCGUGUGCCACAAGAAAUUCACGAACGCGCUUGUUCUGCAGCAACACAUACGUCUGCACACCGGCGAGCCAACGGAAUUGAGCCCGGAACAAAUUCAAGCCGGCGAGGUGAACGAAUUCCCACCGGGUUAUCCGCACCAUCCUCUCGCCUCGUUCCUCCCGCAGGCCUUUCCACCGAUUCAUCCGGCAGGACCGGGCUUUCCGUUAGGCUUUCCACCGAGCCGGCAACAAACGAUGGAACGGCAGCCUCAGGAUAAUGAUGUAGACAUCAAAGAGGAGUCGCAACAACACCGAGAGCAGCAACAACAGCAACAGCAACAGAGGUACAUUGAAGAGCAGAGCGAAGAGGUGGAGGAGCAAGAAGACGAGGAAGAGGACCGCAGGGACGACGACGAGAGGUGCGGCAUGAACCGCGAUAAUCGAGGUGAUGCGGAACAGGAGGACGAGCAAGAUCGCGAGAGCGAAGAUAACGAGCACAAGGAUCCUCCUUUGCCCAAUUUUUCCACCUCCCUAGCUGCUCUCGAGAACCAAGUGCGAACGAUAACGACCACGGCCACGUCGGGCUUAGGAAACGCGGCUAGGUCGCCGCCUUUUCACCGGUACAACGGCAGCGAAAAGAGUAACAGUCCGCCAAAUGCUGGUGCCCCUUUAGACUUGACACCCCGAGCAUCGUCGACGCCAGCCUCGGUAGCAUCGGUACCAACGCCGCCACCGCAGCUCACGCACCAUCCACACCCGUUCGGCAUGUUCGCAGGCCUUCUACAAGCGGUCUCUUCCUCACCGUCUACCAGCAGCAUAGGAACCAGCAGCAUAAAUAGCGUCAGUUCGAUGAACGCUGUGACUGCCGGUUCAGGCGCGGCUGGGCCCCUGGCGUCCCUCACCACGUCAGCCGUGUUGGCUGCCACCUCGACCUACAACCCGCUCGGCCUGGCUGUCGGAGGGCCAGCAGUGCGUGGAAACACCACGUGUAACAUCUGCUACAAGACAUUUGCGUGCAACUCUGCGCUGGAGAUCCAUUACCGGAGCCACACGAAGGAGCGACCUUUCAAAUGCACUAUAUGCGACAGAGGCUUUUCCACAAAGAACGAUGGUUCCGGGCAGCAAGCAUGCAUCUGCGCGUCCCAACCGUUGCCCGCUAACAGUUCGAUCACUUCACCCGAUCCUCAGUGCGCCAGUAGUCGAGAAAAAGCGAAACGCAGGCGGCGGCGGCGACCUGAGGAGCGGAAGAGCCGGGGGCGGAAAGGAGCCGGAGGGGGGCGGGGGUUGACGCCUGUCUAUCCUGCCAUCCGCCUACCCCCGCUGAUGUCACCCGCCCUCGGACUUCUACCCUCGGCGCACAGCCUCCUGGGCAAUAUGAAGCAGCACAUGCUGACCCACAAGAUCCGUGACAUGCCGCCCCAUCUGUUCGGCGAUUCAAAGCAACAGCAUCAGCAGCAACCCCAAGACCACGAAAGCUCGAGAAGUCCUAUGUGCACCGACGAUUCCAGUCUACCUCCACCUCCGCCGCCUCCGCCACCACCUCCACCGAUGCCUCCAACUUCAAUGGAGCAAGCCAUUUCGGUGAAGAGAUCCCCGUCCGAAGGGGACCUUCCAGCACCAAAGAGACCAGCCAGCGUGCCGAGCAAGCACUUGUGCCAGAUAUGCAAUAAGAAUUUCUCCUCAUCUUCGGCGCUCCAGAUCCAUAUGAGAACUCACACGGGCGACAAACCGUUCCGAUGCACCGUCUGCCAGAAGGCCUUCACCACCAAGGGCAAUCUCAAGGUGCACAUGGGCACUCAUAUGUGGACCAACGGAGCCUCUCGUCGAGGUCGUCGAAUGUCGUUGGACCUACCUCCCCUUCCUAUCACGCCCAAGGAUUCGGAGUUCCUCCAACGACGGCCGGAUCUCUUCUACCCUUAUCUACCCGCACCGUUCCUUAACGGCGUGCAGCAAAAACUGAACGAGAUCUCGGUGAUACAAAGUAACAACGGAUUACCUGGCCACUCGGUGGCCGCCGGCAAGUACGCAGGAUUGUUCGGCUCGGUGUACGCAGCCGGGGCUGGAUUUCCGUUGGACAAACAACAAAUGGCGGGGACCAACAACGGGCCCCUGAUCGACGGAAAAUCCUCGAUCCCAUCCGGGUCGAUGCUUUUCCAAACGCCAUCACCGUCCCACUCGCCCGGCACACCGUCGUCGAACGGUAGCAAUCAAAACACCGGCGGCGUUCCUCCAUGGACAGGUGAUGCUCUUCAACAUCAUUUCGAGAGAGAGGCUGCUACAAGACCGGAGAACAACUCCACACCACCCACGGCUCGACUUCCGCCUCCGCCAGCGGCAAGGGGUGAAGGAUUGGCCACGUGAAGCCCGACCGGUACAUAUCUUCCUUCUUCGAGGCUUCAUGCUUUCGGCAACUGAACUCCGUCCUGGCUGCUACAAAAAUAUAGAUAGACAGACAGAUAGACAGACAGACAGACGUUCAUGCAGGGCCGGGCAGUGUUUCAGUGCAUUUCGAGACAAAAUGGACCCGAACGUCCAACGACAUAUCCACCUGAUCCCCGGAAGAGCCAGCAGACACCAUGUUCCUAUUGUUACACUAGUCUUAAACACGUUAAAGAGGACCGAUGGGCCCGGCAGCUGAAGUCCCAACGUAAAUGGGUCUGACUUCCGGUCUACAGUACCCCGGCGACGUGAUUUCGCACGAGGGUCCGACGGAUGCGACGCCUAGACUGAGCCGUUUGGCCACAAGACACGUGGCGUCGCGACGUCCCGGCCCUUCAUACUCUGACCGUCCAUGCGCGACAGUGAUGGUCACCUCACUUAGGGUUUAUCGUAUAAUAUAAAUGUGUGUACAGGAUGUAUCGUGUAAUCGAAUGACCUUGAACAUCCCUCUACCCGCUGACAAAAAUCGCAUUUUAUCUUCAAAGGAUUUACGCUACGGUCAUUCUCGUAUCGGCUGCGUUUACGGAGAUGCUCGAGGUAUUGGCCUCACACGAUAUAUUCUGUACAGGGAAAUAUAAAUAUAUACAUAAAAAAAGAAGAUGAUAUAUAUAUAUUAUAAAUAUAUAAAUAUAUAAAUAUAAAAAUAUUAUAUCGGUGCGAAGGGGUAUGAGUGCGCGAGUUGUAUACACGUGCGAGUACAUGCGUCGCUUUCUUUUUUCAAGAAGGUCGUUUUUAGGAAUUUAAAAAAAAAAAAUGGCGGGCCCGGCAGCGCCCUCGCUGUGAUAUGAGAGGAGCAGCCUGCAAUCAUUUAAACCAAUGUACUUAUACUUUGUACCAUAGUAUUAUUAUUAUUUACACUCGAUGUACAGCACGCAGCCAGAAAACCGUGUCCCGUCGUUCUUUUCUAUGGAAAGACAGUCGACCUAGAUUUGUGUUCCCCCGAACCCCAUCGAUUAAAACUUCUCUAAACAAAUGAAACUAUAAUUCCGUUCAGAUUAAUCGUACGUAUGCAUACAUAUAUAUUUAUAUAAGGAAAGAAAGUUGUUAAUUCCUAUUUGGAUUGAUUUUUCGCGUCCGUCGAUUUCGCAGUGGUUCGGAUCAAUCAUGUUUUCAACGAACAUCACAGCACGUGAAUUCCACCAUUUUCACACACACACCCCCAUCCCCCCCAAUCCUCUCCUCCCACGUCGAUCACGUGACGCACGAUGUUCGGUAUUUAUUGUAUAAAACAAUUUGACAAUGUGAUAUUUCACUAUAUUAUUACGUUAGGAUGUAUAAAAUGAUUGGAAAAUUGACAAAUGCGUAACGCGAAUGUAGCGAAUGAAUAAUAAUAAACUCUCUGAUUGAUAGAAGUAAAGAUUCUUUGGGCGAGUCCAUCUUGAAAUUUUCGGAAAACUGUACAGACAUUCAACUUCUCGAUGAUUUAAUAUGUAACAAAAUAUUUACACGCGUGAUAAUUCAUAUUUUUAGAAAAAUGGCUGAUCAAGUGGCAUUUAUAUGUAUAAUUAACAUUAUUUCGUUUAUCACGCGAUUAAAUAUUAAUUAUAAUUGUCGAAAGGUUUGGACGACGCAUCGCACAUCACGUGAUCAUGAAACUUCUAACAACAAACUUAACCACUUAGCUCGUCGUUACAAAAAUUAACAGGUUGACUGCAUUUGUUAUUUACUAUUUUAUGUGAUUUAAUUAGAAAUUCAACCUUUUUUUCGUUUAAUUUUUAUAGCAGUCGAUGUGUUAAUCCAAAUGUUUAUCUUGAGCCGCCCUAGUGUUUGAGAAAAUGUUACUUUAUCAUUUUUCCAGAAUAGCUUCCCGUCAAACUUAAAUGGCGUACGAAUUAAAAAAGUAAUGUUAUUUUUAUUUUUGCAAACGCUAGGAGCAGUUCUGUUUAUCACAAACGCAUAAAAACAUUUUUUUUUUACUUACAGACGAACCACAUUCGCAUAAAAUUGACUAAACGUAAACGAUUUCAAAUUGUAUCAUGUUUUCCAAAAGAAACAAACAAAUUCAUAACCGAAUUCGAACACUUGAUUAACGUGCAUGCAUCGUGAAUUGUGCAAUUGAUCGCAUACAUUAAAUACUCGUGUAUAAUGGCUUACCUGUAUGUCCUUACGUUUAACCAUGAACUGCGAAGGGAGAAGAAGAAAGACAUGAAACGAUACGCGUGUAAAAAAAAAAAUGUAAAAAAUAACGAUAGCAACGUACGUGUGUCACAGUAGACACUUGCAUAAUUCAUUUGACUUUUCACUAGAUUAGAAUUAACGAGAACUCUCAUACAAAACACUGAAAAGAAAUGUCACCUGAUCCUAGUCUCGAUGGCGAUUUUUUACGAAUCAAAAAUUGUAAAGAAUGAUGGAAAAUGUCAGAACGCCAAUUUUUAAAAAUAUACAUAUAAAAGUAUAGAUCAUAGAAAA